ACUUUUACUAUUACUUGCAGAAAGUUCUUUGUGCAGCAUGGAUUCUAUACCCCCCUCCCGACUGAGCGUUGAGAUGGCUUACCAGGCUCUUAAUCUGUCCUCUCAGUGACAUCACCCUACCCUUGCACCCUCGUUAGGAUCCAAAGCAACCUCUGAAGGUGCAGGUGGGCGUCUGGAGGUGAGAGGGGGCGUUAGGGACACUUGUUUAGGGACGGCGGCCCCCAUCAACAGUAGCUACAACGCUCCAAGUGACAACAACAACAAGAACAACAAGGAGUAGUUCCAGACGACAUUGGUGACCAUGGCAACAAGGAUGGCUGAGGGGGACAUGGAGGAGCUGGCGGACCCCGGGUUGGGGAUGGACGAGGACCCGGGGGCCCACGGGGUCCUACAGAGAGCCUCGCUAAAAGAGGGAUAUCACAGCGACUCCCUGCUGGCACCUGACGCCGACUCCAUGACAGAUGGUCGCAGUUCAGCGGCCAGCAACCUGGAUGUGGCCGACAGGCUGACCUACCUGGAGCAGAGGAUGCAGAUGCAGGAGGACGAGAUCCAGCUGCUGAAGAUGACCCUGGCCGACGUCCUCAAGAGGCUCAACAUCUCCGAGGAGCACCAGGCCGCCGCUGCCGCCACCGGGAGGAGGGCGCCAUGUGCUAAAGGGAGGCCGGUCUCGCUGGCUCUGCCCUACAGACCCCCCAUGGUGACCUCCACUGGCGCCAGCUUGAGGAAGAGCUCCACGCUGCCCUCCAGCGCAACGGGCAGGAACUACAGCCCAACGCCGCCGCGCAGUGGGGCCAUGAGCCCAGCAGGAAGUAUGAAGGACAGUCCUUGUAAGACCCACAAGGCACGCCCAUCCUCGUCAGCUUCCACCUGUAAGACAGCCAAAGAAGGGGGCAGCAGGUCUAGAGAGGGAUCAGUAACUUCAAGCACAGGGCGAGUGACACGCUGCAAAGUGACUAUGCAGAUCUAUCUGAGCCCCCUCGCAAGAAAGACUGGGUCUUCUGAGACGGCCACGUCCGCACCGACAGUGCCUGCCAGGGGCGGCGGGCCAGGGGUUGGUGGUGGACCGGGCAACCCUCAGGCAAGGGGCGGUGGCAAGACAGAGGCGAGGAGGAAGAACCCCUCCUUCACUUUAAACCUGCAAAAGACCACCACUAACAUAAGCAACAACAAGAACACACAGCAGGAUGCUCAAAACUUCACAAGUCCAAUCAAGUCGCCCAGUCAGUACUUUCAAAUUUGUUACUGAGGAAUCAAAACAUUUAUGUACCUUCCAACACCGGAUUUCUCGGUCCUAAAAUCUAAAACUCAUUUAUUUGACAACAUUUGGCCAACUAUUGAAUUAAGUUAGCUUAAACAUGUUUGAUCACCGGCUAUUUCCUCGUUAUUUGUUGUUAUUGCUUUGUAUGGCGUGUGUGUAUGUGUGGUUUUGCACUGAUUGUGUGUUUUAUUUGCUGUGCUGCAGUCAAGCUUCCACAUGUGGCAUUUGCUAAGAAGCAGUAUUGUACUGAAUGUACUACUGUACUACAUGUACUAGAAUGUAAGGAAGGUAUAAUAAAUUAACUGUGUUGUGUGA